AUGAAGCCAGCUAACCCGAUACAAACGCCCCCGGAUCCGCCGUUUCCCGGACAGACAGAAACAGAGUGCAGCGUCCACGGGAAAAGCCGUGGGGCUGCAUCGACGUUCCCACCCUCGUUUUGUCUUCCUCGUGUCUCCGUCCACGGUCGCCCUUCGUCUCCUUCGGCGCGGGGUUUCCGCUUCGUUUCUUCGUCUGCUCCUUCCUCCUCGGAGGCCUCCCUGUCUCUUCUCCGCGAGCCCGCUCCGCUGUCUCUCGAAGACGUUCUCCAAAUUCUCGACUUCCGCCUGAGGGAGAAACACUUUGUUUCUUUCGCCCACGAACACGAACACAACCACCCCGCUGCGAGCAUUGGCCUGGCUCCAGGGGAGUUUGUUGUCGCGUUGAAUCGCGUGGCCGCCGCCGCCGCCGAGGCUGCCGGGCAAACCGAAAGCGUCUGGAGAGACAUUCGCUUCCAGAAAUUCCUCGCGAGACUGAAGAAGCGCCUUCUUGCCUUCAAGCCUGCGGAGCUGUAUCGGACGCUCGUCGCCUUUAGCCGACUCGCGCACUGUCCAGAGGACAUUCUUUCUUCCAUUCUUCGUCUCCUAGACUCUUCGCCCCCCGCGUCUGGUGCCGAAGGUGACCUUUGUGCUUCGGCAGUCCCUGAGGACGGAUUGGCAGCCUUGUCUCCGCAGCAACUCUCUCACUUUCCUGUUCUUCUCUGUCCCCUCUCACAUGGAGCAUCUCGCGAAGUCAUCCAGGAAUUCCUGCAGUCCUACUGUCGCUUUCUUUCUUCUUCCUCUCCUUCUUCUCCUUCCUCUGUUUCCUCUUCUUCUCCAUCGUCUCCCUCUUCCCAUUCGUCUGUUGCCGACGAGGGCGACGAAAUGCUGGGUUCUCUUCCAGCGCGCCUGGAGAUGUUUUCGCUGCAAGAGCUGAGCUUCAUUGUUCUGGGGCUGUCGACGGUGGGGUUUCGGGACUUGCCGUUUCUCGGAGUUCUCGCGCAUGCAGUUCAGACAAAAAUCUCAAGUGAUCCUUUUUUUGCGUCGGCGCCUCGCCAGACCUCCACGCGCGGGUCGCUUGAAGACGUCACUCAGAGCCUCCCGCUGGCCGUCUCGCUCCUCAGUUUCGCCACUCUCGGCGUCGUCAAACCGCGCAUGUACCAGGAGAUUUUCACCGCCCUCCGAGGACGUUUGCGCUUUCUCCCGCCGUCUCAGCUCGCAAACAUCACCCUCGCGUUGGCCACGCUCACACGCGAACCGGCUAAUCCCUUUCCCCUCGCCUUCCUCUCUGUCGUAGAAGACGCCCUCGAGGCGCGUUGUGUGGCGAUGGACGGCGAAGACACGUUGACCGCUGCGUGGGCUGCAUGCGCCCUCAAUCUUCACCAGGGGAACCCUGCGCUGUUUCGUCGACUCGUCGCUCAGUGCGUCCUCGCUCUUGCGCCGGACGACGGGUAG